AACUCGGUGAAAAUGGCGACUCCCCCACGAAAGACUAUGCCGCCGACUUGACCACGUGAUCGCUCCAUGCACACCACAGGUCCUCGACAACACAGCAGUCGUUCAGCUCAACGGUGCCCCGAAUCCAGAUCUCUGUGUUGUGCACCAAGCGUUCCAAUCGGCGACGCAGACACUACAUCGUGGCAUGCAUCAUCACAAUGCACAUGGCUGUUAUGAAUCACCAGCUCACUGCCCAGUCCUCUUCGAUAUCAGGUCCACGGCAACCCCACCGUCGCAAAUCCUAACACGAAUUCGCGCGACACAACCAAUCCCAAGACGAACGGACCCAAGCAAUCGCGCAACUGAAUAUGCGUUGUCCCUUCUGCUGCUGAGCGACAGCACAACGGGCAUUACUCCUUGGGGUGAAGUGAUCCGUCCGGUUAUGCGACCGACUUGGCGAGCUUCCCGCCGUCGUAGGUCGCUCAGAAUCAAGUUCGCAUGGCCCGUCAUGGUGGGCAAGUGUAACUGUUCAUGCGUGAUGUGAAACGGUCGCGUCGGUUUCACCCGACGUCACUCUUUUCGUCACGAUGGGCGAUGUCGACGAGGAUGACGGCGGCGGGUGUGCUGCAGAUGGCGCCAUUCGUACUCGAUUGAUGAAUUUACGCAACUUGGAAGCCAUGCAUGCGUUGGAGGAUGAGGUGGAGCGGCUCACGCGGAAGCUCCGUGACAUCGAAACGCGCGACAAAUCCAAGCAGUCGACAGACUCGCACCUGUCGUUUGUGCUGCAGCGCAACCAAGAGCUCGAGCGGAUCGUCGUGUCUUCAUUUCAAGAAGCCGAGGCGGUGCGGGAGGACAUGGGUCGGCUCCAGCGCAAACUCGAUGCAGCCAACAUCAAACGUCAAGCUGUCGAUGAAACGAAUCAGCUGCUUGUCGAGGAUGGACUCGCACACGUCAUAGCCAGGCAGAUCGCCGAAGCCCAUCUCCACGAACGGAUCGAGGAGCUGGAAGCACGGCAUCGAACUGCAGCUCUCGAGCUAAAACGACUAGAGAUUGAAAACCAAGAGCUGAUCCAGCACAUCCAGGCCGAAAAACAGUCAGUGGAUCGAUUGCAACGGCUCGUCAAAAAUAUGCAAGCUCACCAAGACGAACUGACGCAAUCCCUGGCUCAGUCUGAGCUUCAGCUGAGUCAACUCCGGUUCGAGAAGGAACAAGCCAUCGCAGUGGACACGCAAGCAAAGCAUCAGGAUAUCGUGAAUGUCCCAGAAGUCACAUCAGAGUCGCCCACGGGUUGCGCCGUCUGUAAGGACGUGGAAGCGGCGAGAGACAAGCUCAAGCGGCAGCUCGACAACAUGGCUCGGCAACGAGAAAAGCUUGCCAAGCAGUUGCAGCAUGAAAAGGACGAUGGCAACGUUGCCCGAGAGAGCGUCGCCGCCAAAGGCGAGGAAAAUUUGGCCCUCCGAAGCCAGCUUUCGGUGGCCAUCCAGCAAUUGGAGAAGGUCUCAAACGACUUCCCAUGGCAUUCACGGACCCUGCUGUAGAUGCGCCAGUACAUGAAAGAAACCGAAAGCAGCACGUCAUUCGAACGCUACGUCAACUUGAAAGCAGAGAACGUUCUCCUUGUCCAGCAACUCGAACAAGCCAAGUCGCCGCUCAAACCGGGCGGCCCGAUGAGCCCCCGCGUCGAAGGGGACGCCCCCGACGGACCCAGGCGCAAGUCAAGCAAGUCCAAGAAUGUCGUCAUGCCCGUCAUUCAGUCCCCUAGCAACAAUCAGCAACGUCCAGGGUCAUGGUUUCGACUGAAUUGCUAGCCCUGCCCCCUCGUGUACAUAAUCGUAUCUGCGAAUGCUUUGCCAUUGCCUA